UUUUCCUUUCUCAUCUUACCUUUGCACUGCUGCCCACUGGAGGAGCUCCUCUGCUUCACAUUUCUGGCCCGUGACCACCCAGCAUCUUCACUUUCCACUCGUCGGCUAUCCUUUCCAGCCUCACUUUCUUCAUUCUGCACGAUCACCAGUCUUCCUAUUCCAUCAUUCCAAGCACCAAUUCCCUCUCCAAUCGAUCGCCAGCACCAGCAAGUCUUUUCUUGGGAACUGGUGUACAUAGUCGAUCAAAUAAAGCAGACAGAAAAAAGAAAGAAAAGAUUAUUCUGACACUCCGACUUCCUGCGUAAGUGAAGCAAGUCUACACAGUUGACAAAAAUGUCUGCCUCUCCAUCUGCUUUGCAAUCGACCAAGCGUCCUUUGGAGGACCCUUCUUCGCCAUCGGGACCCAAUGAUCAGCCGGAGGCCAAGCGUCCUGCCUUGGACAAAGUAGUUAAGAGCGACGAGGAGGCCGAAGUCCCCAGUGCCGACGGCCAAGAUGAUACUGUUGUCCCAGAUGCUCCCAAUGGUAAGGGAGCUCACGCUGAGACCCAGCCAAUCCAGUCGACCGCUUCCCACACAGAAAGACCUGGCUCUCAAUCCGAAAACCGUGCUCCCCAGGACGAGUCGAGUUGGAUUCAUAUUCGGGCUGUAAUUUCUAGUCAGGAAGCUGCUACAGUUAUUGGAAAGGGUGGUGAGAAUGUGUCCCAGAUUCGUCGUAUGUCUGGUGCCAAGUGCACCGUCAGCGACUACUCCCGGGGCGCUGUGGAACGUAUCUUGACCGUCAGCGGCCCACAGGACGCCGUUGCUAAGGCAUUUGGUCUUAUCAUUCGAACCCUGAACAACGAACCCCUUGAAGCCCCUUCCACUGCCCAAUCUAAGACCUAUCCUUUGCGCUUGCUCAUCCCCCAUAUUCUCAUUGGUUCUAUUAUUGGCAAGGGUGGUGUUCGCAUUCGUGAGAUCCAGGAAGCCUCUGGAGCUCGUCUUAAUGCCUCGGAUGCUUGCCUUCCCUUGUCCACUGAACGAUCCCUUGUAAUUCUCGGUGUUGCCGAUGCCGUGCACAUCGCCACCUACUACGUUGCUGUGACUCUUGUUGAGCAGCUUACUGAACGCUUCGGAGGGCCCGCAGCCUCUGCUUACGCUACUCGUAGCGGUGGUCCCGCUGGUGCUGUUCCCGGUGGCAUGCAGGUCGUGCCGUACGUGCCCCAGCCAGCUGGAGGCCAAUAUGGCCACCCUGAUACCUUCAAGAGACAUCACCCCCACCCUAACCGUGCUGGCGCGGGUGCUUAUGGCGUCCCUUACCUUCACGGCCAGCCCACCCCUGCCCCAGUUGCGCAGCCAGCUAUGCCCUACGGUGCUGCCGCCCCUGCCCCGUACGCCGGAGCUGGCCCUCACCAACCUGCUCCCUACGGUGCUCCUCAGCCUACUCCGGCACGCGGUGGUGCCCCAACUCCCGCGGCCCCUGUUGGCGGAGUUCUCCCUGGGCAGCCACUAACCCAGCAGAUUUACAUCCCUAACGACAUGGUCGGUGCCAUAAUCGGAAAGGGCGGUGCUAAGAUCAACGAGAUCCGACACCUGAGUGGCAGUGUGAUCAAGAUCAACGAGCCACAAGAAAGCAGCAACGAGCGUCUGGUGACCAUCACCGGAACUCAAGAAUGUAACCAGAUGGCUCUGUAUAUGCUUUACUCGAGACUCGAAAGUGAAAAGCAUCGUAUCUAGGCCAUUGCGCUUGCUCAUUUUGUUAUUAGAGCGAAUCGGGUGUGCGGUUUUUGGUCAAAACAAAAGUCAUCUAUUACGGUGGUUUUAAUGAUUGCGUUUCGGGUAUAUCUGCUUCUUGUUGUACUUUACUGAAGGCGCUUUUUCCCCCUUUUUUAAUUUU